AUGGCUGCUAUGAUAAGUUCAUGGAAUCCAGAAAAGAAACACAGCGACGUGGAAAGAUGGAUUUGUAUUUACCCUGCCUACUUGAACAGUAAGAAGACUUUGGCACAGGGACGCAAGCUGUCGAAGUCACACUGUGUGGAAAAUCCAACUCACCAGGAGAUUAGGGAUGUGCUGGUCGCUGCAGGCUUGAGGGUGGGAGUGGAGAACAAGUUAUAUCCCAGGGAACCUAGUAAAGAAAUUUUGUACCGUGGCAGAAUAAGAGUACAGUUGAAGAAUGAUGAUGGUACUCCUAUUAAACCUGAGUUCCCCACUCGUGAAUCUGUUAUGAAGCACAUUGGCGAAUCAAUACCUAAGCUGAAAACAAGACAAAACAGACCUGUGGACCAACAACCUCAAGCAGCACAGGCCAGCCACAAGGGCAAGGGAAAGAAAGGGCGCAGAUAA